AUGGCCUUUGCAAAAAAUUUUUUGUCAGACUCGAUGCCUGCCAACAGCAACAUCGUUAAAGCAAUCAACAAUCCAAAUCGGUUUGGUCCACAAACGGGAGGUGGCUUGAUGAACAUGUCAGGUAUGAAUGUCGUGAACCCGACCCAACAGGUCAGUCGCCUAGGUCCUAUUAAUUCCACAUUUCCUCAGACCACGAUGCCCCAAAGGACUGUCGGGGGAAAUCCAUUGAUAGGAAGAGUCAAUGGGAGGAUUGCAUCAAAUGUGGCAUCAUGGAAUUACACCCCAGGUUCCUCAUUAUCAUCUCAAAACAUCUCGUCGCGACAACAAACCUUUACAUCUUACCCAAAUGCAAUACAUAGCGUACAUUCCCAGCAAAAUGAUAUAUUUGACAUGUCCGAAUUUCCAGCUUUGGGCAGUACUAACACGACUUCCAGCAAUGCGUCAGCGAGUGGUCUGGGAUCAAGCUAUGCAAACACCGCGCAAACUGGAACUAAUUCCGUAUCUAAUGACAGCAGGUCUAUGCACCAACAGCAAUCUCAGGAAUUUACAAUUGAUGAUUUUCCGGCUUUACCGGGAGCGACAAGCAACGCAAACCGUAGUGUCGUUGGGUCACAGUCAACG